UCUGAAUAGAAAUCAGCUGAUAGAUAUUAGCGAGUACCAAUUUGUCGCUUACUAUUUUGUCGCCGUACACUUUGUGGAAUACAGCAGCAGUGCUGGGUAUCAGAGUUAUGAAAAUAAAAAUUUUAUUUCCGAUUUCCGCCUUCCGAUUUCCGAUUUCCGGCGUUUUUUUCCUUCCGAUUUCCGAUUUCCGAAAAAAAAUUUUGAUUUCCGAUUUCCGAGUUCCGACUUUUGAGCCAUUUCCGAUUUCCGGCAGUUCCGAUUUCCGACACCUCUGACUGUUCCGACCCACCUCUGCUGGGUAUGGCUCCGGGAGCUAGCUCCGGAGCCGGAGCUA